AUGGUUUCAAGGUCAGGGAUAUACGCAAAGAGGGUGGUAGUUGAUGCAAGACACCACAUGCUGGGAAGGCUGGCUUCCAUUUUAGCUAAAGAGUUGUUGAAUUGUCAAAAGGUUGUCGUCGAUAGAUGCGAAAUAUUAUGCAUGUCUGGUGGUCUCGUCAGGAAAAAGAUGAAGUACAUGAGGUUCUUGAGAAAGCGUAUGAACACCAAACCUUCUCAUGGUCCCAUCUAUUUCCGUGCUCCUUCUAAGAUCCUCUGGCGUACCAUUCGUGGAGAGAUGACCAUCAUACCUCGGAAGCAGCACCAUCCAACGGUGAAGGUAAAGAACAGAGAGGUUGAAGCUCAUGGAAUUCGAUAUUUUUCUUAUAGAUCUACAAUCGUCCAUCGUGAGUCUCGGUCAAAGGAGGCAAGAUCCAUGACGAGGAAGAACACUGGACGAAGAGUGCUUAAGGAGAAAAAAUGUUACGUGAAAUAUAAUAAUGGUAAGGAUCAUGUGAGUUUUGAGAAAGGUGGAUAA